AGGGAAGACCCCUUCUCUCUCUCUCUCUCUCUCUCUCUCUUGCCGCCGCCGCCGCGCCCAUUUUGAGGAGCCAGCAGCGGAGGAGGAGCGAGGAGGGCCAUGGCGGAGCCCGCGGAGAAGCAGUACCGGGCCGAGUACGCCAAGAGCGGCCGGGCUUCGUGCAAGAAGUGUGGGGAGAACAUCGCCAAGGACUCGCUCCGCCUGGCAAUCAUGGUGCAGUCUCCCAUGUUUGAUGGCAAAGUACCCCAUUGGCAUCACUAUUCUUGUUUCUGGAAAAGGGCUCGACUGGUAUCCCAUGCCGAUGUGGAUGGCUUCUCAGAACUGCGUUGGGAAGAUCAGGAGAAAAUUAAAAAAUCCAUAGAAAGUGGUGGUGCUGGAACAGGCAAAGGGGGUGAUCAAGAAGGAGGAGGCAAACGUGAAAAGAGUUUAAAUGAUUUUGCAGCAGAAUAUGCAAAGUCCAACAGAAGUACCUGCAAAGGCUGUGAACAAAAGAUAGAAAAAGGUCAGAUUAGAAUUUCAAAGAAAAUGGUACAUCCUGAAAAGCCUCAAUUGGGGAUGAUAGACAACUGGUACCAUCCAGCCUGUUUCAUCAGCCGCAGAGGAGAUCUGGGUUUCCUUGCUACCUUUAGUGCCUCUCAGCUCUUAGGAUUUGGGCUGCUGAAUGCAGAAGAUAAAGAGACUUUGAAAAAGCAGCUGCCUGCUCUCAAGAAUGAAGGAAAGAGAAAAGGAGAUGAAGCGGAUUCCAAUGUGAUUUCAAAAAAGAAACCAAAAAAGGAGAAAGAAAAACAGUCCAAACAGGAGAAACUGCUAAAGGAGCAGACAGAGCUGAUUUGGAACAUCAAAGAUGAAUUAAAGAAAGCAUGUUCUACCAGUGACCUCAAAGAACUCUUGAUAGCCAAUAAACAGGAAGUUCCUUCUGGGGAGUCCGCUAUCUUGGACCGUGUUGCAGAUGGAAUGGCUUUUGGAGCUCUGUUGCCCUGUGAGGAGUGCAAAGGCCAGUUUGUGUUUAAAAGUGAUGCUUAUUACUGCACUGGGGACAUCACUGCUUGGACCAAAUGUGUUGCCAAGACACAGACUCCCAACAGGAAGGAAUGGAUAAUCCCAAAGGCAUUCCGGGAAAUAACAUAUCUGAAGAAAUUCAAGGUUAAAAGGCAAGAUAGAGCUUUCCCUCCAGAAUCUGCCUCUACAAACUCUGCACCUCCUCCAGCAGUUUCCACUCCCAUUGUAGAAAACUCCACUGCUCCAGCGGAUAAACCAUUAAGUAGCAUGAAGAUUUUAAUCCUUGGGAAACUGUCAAAAAACAAGGAUGAAAUCAAGUCUACCAUUGAAGAGCUUGGAGGAAAGGUGACAGCUACUGUGAAUAAAGCAGACUUGUGCAUAAGCUCGCAAAAGGAAGUUGAGAAGAUGAAUAAGAAAAUGGAGGAAGUGAAGGUGGCCCAGGUGUGUGUGGUUUCAGAGGAGUUCCUCCAGGAUGUGAAGUCUUCCAGCAAGGGCUUCCAGGAGCUUCUGUCACUUCAUGCGCUCUCUCCCUGGGGUGCAGAGGUCAAGCAGGAGCACAAAGAGGUGUUUGUGGGAGGCAAAAACAGCGGACACUCGAACCUGAAGAGCACUGGGAAGAACAAAGAAGAGCAAGGAACAAGCAAGUCUGAAAAGAAAAUGAAGCUGACAGUAAAAGGGGGAGCUGCUGUGGAUCCUGAUUCAGGGUUGGAAGAUUCUGCUCAUGUCUUUGAAAAGUCUGGUAAAAUCUUCAGUGCUACUCUUGGCCUGGUCGAUAUCGUCAGAGGAACAAAUUCAUAUUAUAAGCUUCAGCUACUCGAAGAUGACCGAGAAAUCAGAUACUGGGUUUUCCGUUCUUGGGGUCGUGUUGGAACAGUCAUUGGAAGCAAUAAGCUAGAACAGAUGUCAUCUAAAGAAGAAGCCAUUGAACAUUUCCUGAACCUGUAUGAGGAAAAGACAGGCAAUUCCUGGCAUUCCAAAAAUUUCACCAAGUAUCCCAAAAAAUUCUACCCUCUGGAAAUAGACUAUGGUCAGGAUGAAGAAGCAGUGAAGAAACUGACAGUGAGUGCAGGAACCAAAUCAAAGCUUCCCAAGCCAGUCCAAGACCUUAUUAAGAUGAUCUUCGAUGUGGAAAGCAUGAAGAAGGCCAUGGUGGAAUUUGAGAUAGACCUCCAGAAAAUGCCUUUGGGAAAACUAAGUAAGAGACAGAUCCAGAGUGCAUACUCCAUCCUUAAUGAAGUGCAGCAGGCAGUUUCUGAUGGUGGCACGGAUUCGCAGAUACUGGAUCUAUCCAAUCGCUUUUACACUCUAAUUCCUCAUGAUUUUGGGAUGAAGAAGCCUCCUCUUUUGAAUAAUUUGGACUACAUUAAGUCCAAAGUGGAGAUGCUGGACAAUCUGCUUGACAUUGAGGUGGCCUACAGUCUGCUCAGAAGCGGUGCUCAGGAUGGCGAUAAAGAUCCAAUAGAUGUGAACUAUGAAAAACUGAAGACAGACAUCAAGGUAGUAGACAAAGGGUCAGAAGAAGCCAAGAUCAUAAAGCAGUAUGUUAAGAAUACCCAUGCAAGUACCCAUAAUGCAUAUGACUUGGAAGUUGUGGAGAUUUUCAAGAUUGAGCGUGAAGGAGAAGGUCAACGUUAUAAGCCAUUCCGAGAAUUACACAAUCGCCAGUUACUCUGGCAUGGUUCUCGCACUACCAAUUUUGCUGGUAUUUUGUCACAAGGUCUCCGAAUAGCUCCACCUGAAGCUCCAGUGACUGGCUACAUGUUUGGGAAAGGUAUCUACUUUGCGGAUAUGGUGUCUAAGAGUGCCAACUACUGUCAUACUUCUCAGACAGACUCAGUAGGCUUAAUCUUGCUGGGGGAAGUUGCCCUUGGAAAUAUGUAUGAACUGAAAAAUGCUUCUCAUAUAACCAAGUUACCAAAAGGAAAACACAGUGUCAAAGGCUUGGGUAAAACAGCACCAGAUCCCUCAGCCACUCUGUCUCUUGAUGGUGUGGAUGUUCCUUUAGGCCUUGGUGUUCCAUCUGGAGUUAGUAACACCUGUCUUUUAUAUAAUGAAUAUAUUGUCUAUGAUAUUGCUCAGGUAAAUUUGAAGUACUUGCUGAAGCUGAAUUUCAACUAUAAGACUUCCCUCUGGUGAACAUGAAUCAGACUUGUUAAAGAGCUAAUGCUAUAAAGUCUUUUGAAAUAUUUAAGCAUUGACUACUACUGCUGAGAUACAGGAACUAAGUUUCAGGAUUAUGCUGACAGACCUUAGUCAAUCACCUCCGUAAGGAUUUUUCUUCAUUCACAUGUGCUAGAACACAUGCGAUUGAACACUAUGAGAAUUUUGUGGUUUGUUUUUUUUCUUUCUUCCCUCCUCUCUUUGGUCCAUACUAUUUUGGAAACUGCUAUGUCUUUUGACAGACCAAACAAUACUGAUAAUUCAAACAUGCUUGAUUUUAGCUUUUUGUAAGUGAGGUGAGAGAAGAACUUAGAACUGUUUACAAUAUUUUGGAUUUUCUUUAAAAAUCCACAAAUCUUCCUUAGUUUCUAUUAUGAAUAAAUAUUAAACCUGUUUAUUUUGAAGUAAAAAUAAAAGCUAAUUUCAUACUAAU